AAAACUUCACGUGACUCUCAUUUUAGAUUAUACUUUGUCUCAAAUAAGUUUCAACUUUUCCUGAGUUCCAGUUGCAUCUGUAACAGCUCUAUAGUUAUUUGGCUGAAGAAUAAGCUUAAUAAAAUAUAUGAAUAACUUCCGAAUAUGAAAUUUUGUAUUGUGGAAUUACUAAUGCAGCUAACAUAGACACAGAAUAUAUGAUUAUACUAAUACAUUUGACUGUCCAUGAUCAUCUUAAGUCAUGAUGGUCACGUCAGGUGCCGUUGAAGAAUAUAAAAGAAAAAAACCGAAAAAUGUUUUAUAAUCACAGCAACACAUAAAGAAGGAAAUUGAUUAAGUGCUCAUUUUCUUUUCAAAAUAGAUAUGUGCAUUAAUAAAUUAUUUUGAAAAAAACUGUUAGUGCAAUCCAUAUCGGAUUCAGAUGUGAGAUACAAUGUAGUUGCAAUUAUCUUCAUCUGAAUUUCGUUUAAUUCUCGAAAGAGGCAAUAAAGAAACAGUUAAUAUAUUGAUGCAAACUUAUACUCGAAUGGGAAAGCACAGAUUUGGAACCCCCAAUACAUCAGCACCUUUGUGCACUUUGAGCGAUUUUUUCAGCAUCUCGUAAUAAAAUUUGAUGCCUAGAUGCUAAAAGGUUAGUGCUGCAUAUAAGCACCAAGUUUUACUACGAAAUGUUGAAAAAAUUGUUAAAAGUGCUCUGAGAAGCUGGGAAUUCUAAAUGUGCACUAACCUCCUUGCUGUUACUAGUAUACGAUCUUUGAUCAGUAUUAACAACUUAGGACGCCGAUGUUGGUAGGAAUGUGGCUGGGUGAGAAAUAUGCUCAUACCAACAGCUACACCCGCAUCCACACUUUGAACUGCAUAAAAGGCUACAAAUUCAUUCUCGACAUUAUCAGGCAUCCAUCAAUAUUAAAUGUUGUUGUUUUUUUUUGUUAAUGAAUUUUUAGUCUGAUGAUCCGACAUCUGUAGUCAAUGAAGAAGCAAAUUCAAGUUCUCCAGAAUCUCAAUCAACAUCAUCAUUAUCGGCAACAACAUCGUCAGAAAUUGCUGUAUCAUCUCAAACACUAACACCAAUAAACAAUGAUGAAAUAUAUCAAGCACCACUAAAACAACGUUUACAUUAUGAUCGUCAUGAACUUUUAAGUAUUCGUGAUAAAUUAUCACCAUUUCCAAUUCCAGAAAGUUUUCCACUUCUUGAUAUUGUUAUUAAUCGUCAUCGCGAUAAUCGUCCUCCAUAUACGAGUACAAGUAACCCAAGGUGUAUGAAUCCUACAUUUCCUCGACAAUCAUUCUCAAGUUCUCGUCCAUUAUCAACACAUAAAAAUAAUCCAAAUCGUUCAAAUGAUUCAAGCCAUAAAUCAGUUACCAAUGUAUCCUAUGAACCAGUUGUAGAUAACCGAGUUGAAAAUUCCAACAGACCAGAAGAACCAAAACAAAUUGCCCUUAAUCAUAAAGUAUUGCAUAAGAUUAAAUUAAUUUUAAAUGACCUUACACCACAGACAUAUGAUAAAUUACAGAAAAAAAUUGAAGAAUUGAACACUGAUC